ACUCUCAUCUGAUUACUGUGUGUGUUCCGGGGAAACCUGAAGUUGGCACGGUAAUAAGCAUUAUAAGGCGGUCUGCCGGAGCUCAGUCCGUGGGAGGGGUCUGCCAAACCUUUCCCUGUAAUUGACCAGGGAGCAGAAGCAGCCGGGGACGCGAGCAGCCACAGACGGGGAGAGAGGUACUCAACCAACCGCAUUUCGCUGCUAAAUAACCGAUUAAUGAAUCCCAUAGGUGGAGUUAGAUUCAUUAGUCCUGUCGCAUGGUUACUAAGUGUUUUGCAGCAGCGAUUUGAGAGCUUGCAAAAGCCAGAACAGGCGAAACAGAAAGUGUUACCGAGCAGUGGAAAUUGCAUUAUGGCAUUGUGAGCUAGAUUGUCAUGGCAAUUAAUUUAAGACUGUUUUAGAUGUACUUUAAAACGCUUGCGAUACACCCAGAAAAAAGGAUGGGUGUCGAUUCUGCGUGUGCAAUUACUUCAGGCACAGAUCUAAAAGUAGCUUGCAGUGAUAAAGCUUGCAAAAAUUAUUUCAGGUAGUUUAAAAAAAAAAAAACCCGCAUGGGCUUGACAAAACGGGAAAGACAGCCCCAUGCUCUAAUGGCUGAUCUCGAACUGUUUUACUUUGACCACUCGGAUUGGAGAGACACCUCUCUGGUUUUAAAUAAGCAAAGUGUCAACGAGGGGAAGUCCCUUCAGCCCGGCGGGGGAGAUACUUCAGCACCAUGGACAGAGACCCGGACAGCUGCGCGCCCGGAGGAGGAAACCGAAACAUCUUUCGCCUGCAAACACCAAGGUGGUGAUCAAGAUGAUGAUGAUGAUGUCGAGCUGAUAGGGACAAGUCCACAAACCUGCAGACUGAGUCAGAGCUCUUCCAGUGAACUGUACGAGGAGGAGGACAUCCAAGAACUUUACUUGUUGUCCGACGACGACCUGUCCUCUGACGGAUCGGGGAAGUCUGUGGAUUACGGCUUCAUCAUCGCCGUGACAUGCCUGGUGACUGGCAUCUCUUUGGUCGCCAUCUCCUACACGGUCCCCAGGGACGUCCGGGUGGACCCGGACAGCGUGUCCGCCCGGGAGAUGGAGCAGCUGGAGAGGGAGAAAGCCAGGGUGGGGGCCCAUCUGGACCGGUGUGUCAUAGCGGGACUGUGCCUGCUCACCCUCGGGGGCGUGCUGCUCUCCACCCUGCUCAUGAUUUCCAUGUGGAAGGGGGAGAUGAUGAGGAGGAAAGCCUUUGCUUAUUCCAAACACGCAGCAAAGUUGUACGGCUCGAUCAAUUUGAGAGCAGGCUCCAGCCCGACUCGGGAGUCCUGCUCACAUUUGUCAGUGGCUGAUGAGGAUUUAGAAGUGCUGAGCUGAGUUUAUGGACAGGACAAGCGGAAAAGACUCAGACAAGUGCUUAAGAAAGCCCACGAGCUCUGUCAUUUGAUCGGGGAGGCAUUGGUUUUUUUUAUGCCUAUUUGUUUCUAACAGCUGAGGCUACGUUUCUGGUUGAUAUGGACACUUUUAAAAAAAAAUUGACAUUUUUUUUCAAGUCUGUCGUAAUACAAUACUCACAUGCCCUUAUGUACACAGACAGAAGUUUUUGUUUGCUGUAAUUGUUCCUUUUGUCCGUAGUGGCCCUGAACAGAUCCAGUCCUGAUCUAAUUCCAGUUCAUCUGAAGCUAACACGAGGGUUUAGAAGUUGGAUUUGCAGGAGUUCAGACCAAAAACAGACUUGUAAUAAAUCCUCCUUGUUGGUGAGGGGGAUUUGCUUCAGGUACCAGUAAGACAAUAAACUACAAUCCAGGAAGUCCAGACUGGGUAACAGAUCCAAGAAUGUGGAGGCUUAUCAGAUACCAAAACCCUGCAGAGAAGUUAAUAAUACUCUGAGACAGGAUUAUACAACUCUGGAAAGUUAUCAGAGUGAUUAUUAUUUUAUCUUUUGUUGAGUCGUUCCCAAGGUAACACUUGAAAGUUCACGUGUUCUUUUCAAGCAGGGCUAACAAUGGUCUGAAUGCAGCCUUUGUCACAUUCAGUGGGUAUUUUUCAGUCUUUUUAGUAGACUGUAAAAAAAAAAUUUAAAAGACUGUAAGUUUAAAAGAUACCAACUUGAUUUCACUAACUCAGACUGCAAAAGCCUGGGACCUUUAGAUACACUUUGAAAUAUGUUAUUUACACAGAAAGAUGACUGUGGAUGUUGUCCCCAAUCACAAACAUUGGACUAGACCUCCUCACAGUCAGCGUGGACAAGAGAAACUCUUACAACCGAUAACUCUUUGUAGGACAUAUUAGAACAUUAUUAAUAUAUUUCAUAUAAGAUUUGAAUCUAUACAUUACAUUUCAAAUAAACCAGACAGGAUAGUGAGCUGUACACAAUUCUAAGUUUACGUUUUUUUAAAGGCAAAACAUGAAAUGUGUAUUUCUGAAAUUUAGUUUUUGUGCACAUUGGUUGAUGAUGGUUUAUGAUGAUCUGUGACACACCUUUUUGUUUGCCAUUGCAUCACAGAUUUUAAUGAUGCUGCUGUUUCGGUGUAUUUGUGUCAACAUGCCAGUGCAGACUUUCAUGUUUAAAGUCCUGUCUGUAGCUGCAAGGGGAAUCAGACCUGAACCAGGAGCAAUGUCAUUACCACUGCCUUCAUUUCCCCCCUGUGUCAGAAACAGCACUUCACUGAAUUGCUGCUAACAAAGCUGUGCAGAUGUGGUUUACAAAAAAUAACACUUGCAUGGAUCCGUGUUGAACUCCAAAGAAAUUCUGCUAAUAUAAUUGUGACUUGCUGAAGAGAUGCUUGUGUUUGCUUGUUGAAACACAAAUAGUAAUACCACAGGAGGUGUAAUUAGAUUUUGUGGUUGAGUACUGAUGUUGGGGAAGCUCAGUUUACGGCAAAUACACUUGGGGGGUUUGACUGCAGAUGUUCAAAAGCACACACAGAGAGAGAGAGAGAGAGAGAGAGAGA